AUGGACUUGUUCCCACUUCCUCUCCCGUCUGCUCUUAGUACGCAUGUGAUCUUCAGCGAAGUAGGCGGAAAGGCAAUGGCGAAGAAAAGUUAUGACUACCUUUUCAAAUUGCUCCUUAUAGGAGACUCAGGCGUUGGGAAGACGUGCAUUUUAUUUCGUUUCUCUGACGAUGCAUUUAACACGACGUUUAUCUCGACGAUAGGUAAGUGAAAGCGACAAUGUUCCCCUGUUUAGCUGCACUACGCGUAAGCUUGUAAACUAUGUAAGUGAUCUAAUUGAUCUCGCUCUGAUACUGCAAGGAGGAAAGCUCAUAAGUCGUCCUGUGUCCCUCUUCUUUGUGUAUUUUAUUGAUAGGUUUUGGUUUAAUGUGCCAAGGUUUAAUUCAAGCCAAAAUUCAAAUUGAUGUAGUUUAAAUUUACAUCUUCAAAGCUGCUCCAUCUUUCGACGCCUUUGAUCUGUACUUUGGCAAGGGGCUUCUCAGAGCAAAUGUGAAUCAUUUCAUCCCGAACUCAUUGGACGACAUACAGCACAUCAAUAUUACUUUGCAUUUUGCAACGUUUAAGCUUUCACGAAAAGGAAAAUGACAAUUCACGAAAAAAUUUCGCGCGGCUGAUUUUCAAUUGAAAUGUUUGAAAACGCUUGGUAGCCACAUUCUAAAGUCCGAAAGGUCACAACUAUUUUAGUCUUGUUACACAUCCACAUUCCUUGAGCACAGACAUGCCCAUGUUUGCAUAGGACUUGAAAACUAUUCACUCUUUAUUGUAUGAUUAAAAGGUUUCUUUAUUUGCGAGACAGUUUCCCCUGCAAGUGUGAUAAUAGCACUUCGUAUUAUACGGUAGUUACUUUCGAUUUGUCAACAAUUCCCACAGCAUUGAUUUCCUGUGUCCUCUCUAACGAAGCUACACUUUCACUGUACAGUUACACGCUUCCAUCUACCAUUAAUGUCUUCAUUAUCAAAUCAUUGCCAAAAUGAUUUGUCAAUUUUACCAGAGAGAAAAUACUUACCUCUGCAACUAUCUUCGGCCAAGGAAAUUAGAUUAGCACACAACUUUCAUUUCAGUCCGUUUAAUUGUGAUCUUUUUGACUUUUAGUAAAGAAUACUGUAUGUCUUUAAUUCUGUAAUUAGUGUUGAGGCCUUUGGUCGGUUUUAUUUAUUUAUUUUUAUUUUAUUUUUUAACUUUCACUCCUUGAUAAAAAUUAAUUUGUGAAUUAAAAUAAUGUGCUACACACAGUGAAACCAAUAUUUGCAGGACUCUUGUGAGUGGCCACUUUAUAUUCAGGUGAUUCGCUCUUAUGGGUUUAGUAAAUUGUACCACAGUGGUUAAACUCCAAAAGAACAGUGUAAGCAAUCUGUAGUCUGCAGAAUAUGACAAUUCUGCUGUAGAUAUGAUAACACUUGAUAACAGAAAUAUGAUGUUUAAAAAGUAGGCAUGAAACAAAAGUUUUUUAUUAACAUGCUGUCUGUUUAAUGCAAGGUCAUUUUUUCUUUUUGUCAAGGAUUAAUUAAUCUGAUUUGCUGAUCAACAAUUUAACUAUCCACAUCUCACAACUCCAUAGUUUUAUAUUUAUUUAACUCUAUACUGUGACCAAAUAUCAUGCACCACAAUGUAUUACGCAAUCUCCAAACAAAUGCAAAGGGAUGGUGAAAUACUUGAUUUAUAAAAUGAAUUUAAGAAAGAAAUGGAGAGCAAUCUUUAGUAUAUAAGUGACUCAGUUAUGACAAACAACUGUAAAAUUACCAUGCAUUAUUCCUGAAAUUUUUCAUUCUCGUUAUGUGAUGGCCAAUAUUGGUUAAACUUUUCUGUACCAGUUAUUUAAUUCCAAAUUUCUAGUUGUUCCUCCAAAACAUUAAGUUUUGCUCAUGUAAAUAUUUAAAAUCACUUUUUUUUUAGGUAUUGAUUUUAAGAUAAAGACCAUUGAGCUUCAAGGAAAGAAGAUCAAGUUGCAGAUAUGGUUUGUUUGCUUGUUUGCUUGUUUUGCAGUCUACUUUUAAAGCUGUGUCUACAACUCCUUACCCUAUUAUGAAACACUAAUGGUUGAGUAAUAAUAUUGAUUAGGGAUAAAUUUUAACCAUCUCUGAAACUGGAUUUGUAUGUUAGCUGUUCAGAGGCUUUUUCCACGCCAGCCCAACUUUGUCUAUUUUACUUCAAUUAAAUUUCUAUAAAAAUGUCUUUUACAUGACCAGGUAAAUGGUCAGUUUUUGUUUUCUUUUGUUUCAUUAUCGCAUGUGCAUAGUUGUUAGUCAGUGUCAUGAAAGGUGUUGUGUUUUUUGACAACUUCGGCUUUUUAAUUAAAAGCAGUCACACUUUGCAUUAGUGUCCUCAUUUGCAAUUUUGAGAAAUGGAAGAAGCAGCUAUGGAAAGGUCUUCCCAGUUUUGACCACUUAAAAGUUCCAAAGAGGAAGUUUCUUUGCUCAAAUAUUCAAAGCCUAAAAGUACUCAGUAGAAAGAUAAGUGGGCUGUUGAUAUUUUCUGAAAUUGGCAAGCUGCGCGUGAGAGUUUGCAUUCUUUUGGGAAUUGAUGUCCAAACACACGUGGAUAUCUAAUCAUGCAUGUUUGGAUCUGUUCUUUACUUGGUGUCAAGGGGCAUCCAUGUGACCCAAACAAGGCUGCACAAUUGGUUAAUUACCUCAUGCAUUAUUAAUAAGUUUGAGAAUUACUAAUACAGUGCAUGGUUCCUUGAACUCUCUGAUCACUUUGCAGGGAUACAGCUGGCCAGGAGCGUUUCCACACAAUUACUACAUCAUAUUACAGAGGAGCAAUGGUGAGGUUAUUCAUAGUUAGGAUGGUGUUGGUCUUGAUAGUCGAUAUUUAUCUGUGAUUAACAACCUUUUCAUUUCCAAGAGCUGAUAGACAAUUGAGUCUCCUUUUAAUGAUAUCUUAGUGAUAUCCCCUGGCUGAUGAUUUCUAUAUUCUCAUGAUCUCUUCUUUCAUUGGUGAUACAUUGAUGUUGUUGGGAGAACUUGAGUUUUGAUUUCCCUUGGGUGGUCCUGCAAACUGGCCUACUUUGAUUGAAUUUCCCUUUCAUUUUCCCUUCCAUUUCACAAUGGAACAAAAAGUCAUUAAAUGAGUGGUGAUUUCAUUGGUGAUUUAUUUUUAUGCAGGGCAUUAUGUUGGUCUAUGAUAUCACUCAGGAGAAAACUUUUGAUAACAUCUCCAAGUGGCUGAGGAAUAUUGAAGAGGUAAUAUUGACAAGAAAAGUUUUCUUUUCUACUUCGGCCAAGCUUAUGGCUUGUGACCCUUGUAUGUAACAUAGUAGAAAGUUGUUAGAUAAAAGCCUGUUUUGGGCAUCACUUUCGUAGACAAGGUGUAAUAUUAAUAGCAGAAAAAUCUGCAAAAGAAGGUAAACAUGAAUCAUUAAAAAGGAGGGACACUUGGGACAGGCCAAAGUUCUUGCUUCUUUCCAUCACUUUAUGUUUGCCUUUCUCUAUUGGUACAGUCAUGGCAUGUUGACUUAGAGUUCAAGACUCAGACUGAUUACUUCUUCUGACUGACUGAUAUGAGAAAUAAAAUUUUCUUGGCAAUUUCAGCAUGCAAAUGAAGAUGUUGAAAAGAUGAUCCUUGGUAACAAGUGUGAUAUGGACGAUAGAAGAGUUGUUACCAAAGAACGUGGAGAACAGGUGAAUUAAGUGAACAAUUGGUGCAUUGUAUGAGGUGCACUUUUUGAUAUACUGUCUUUGUUUCAUAUUAAUGCUGUCAUACCCUCUUUUAUUAACUUUUGAAGAAAGCUCUAAGACUACAUGAAAGCCUCUAUUGAAAGUAAAAAUCUAAUACUACUGUAUUUGCAUGCUCAGCCUUAAUUAACAAGGAAAACUUAUUUUGUCUCCUUUGUUGGAAUUACACAUUGAAGUGUAAGGUGUGUUGACAAAGGCUAGAAGGUUACACUCUGUAUAAUCAAGGAAUCUGGAAAGAAUUAGUAACAACUAAAACAUUUUUUGCAAAUGUGCCCCAAAAAAAUGACUGUGGACACCAGUGUCCAUUUUUUUUUAAUCAUGCUGAUGAACAUAGAUACAUACUUAUGAUAACACAGUAUGGCGUAUCAUUUUCUUUGAACAUUUAGGGCUUCUAAAAAAGACUUUAACUUGACUUUAACAAUGAUUCAACAGUGAAAAUAAAAAUGAUAUGGUUUCUGGGGCAUACUUUUCUUUUUUUCAGGGUAUUAAAGUAUUUUCCAAAGGUACUUUUUGGAGAGAGUAUGUCAAUUAGAUGUACUGCUACAGUAGCACUUGCUGAACAACACUUUUUUUUUGUCAUAGAUUGCCAGAGAACAUGGUAUUCGCUUCUUGGAAACAAGUGCCAAAACCAAUGUCAACAUAGAACUGGCAUUCUUCAACCUAGCAGAGGAUAUUCUAAAGAAACAAUUGACCAAAGACAACGAGGAAACUUCCCAAAACAUCCAUGUUAACAAUACACAAGAGAAAAAGUCUGGCUGCUGUUAAAGAGAGUGUUAACAGCAGUUAUAUUUUUGUUAAACAAUUCACUUAAAAUGUACAGUUAAUUCUUAUGGGGAACAGUCAGUCCCUGGAACAGAAGUGUAUGUAGUUUCCAUGUGUGACAUUAAUGGAGAGGAUGGACUUCCCACUUUCCUCACACAGAAAGUUUUAAUUGGUGAUGUAGUGUUUUGCAAUCCUCUUGAUGAUAUUGGCAAAGAGAUUGAUCCAUGGGCUACCUAUGAGAAGUUGAGUAAUCUGUGUGUUUAGGGUGGGAAGAAAAGCAGUGGUAACCUUACCUUAAGUUCCAAUAGAUCAAUUCUCUCUAGAGAUUGUCAUACAUUCCUUUUAAUGAGAAUUGGAUGUAAGAGGUACAUUUGGUCAAUAUUCAAGUGGCAUAAUUUGUGGUGCUUCUCCAUUUGUUGCAAAAUAAGUCUUGGAAAUCAAAAUCAAAACUUUAGUUUCUCAGGAUAUUUGAAUGAGAUUGUAGCCAUAAAUAUUAUAAUUCAUGUAAAACAUUUUUUUAUAAAGUGAAGUGAUUUGGUCUGAAUGGUAGUUACUCUUGAAUAACUCUGAUAUUUGGGGUAAUGUAGAAGAAUAGACUGCGGAAAGGGAAAUUUAAACAACAACUUUCAAUGGUAAUGAAAUGUAAUGAUGCAUGAAAUGUAAUCAAUUUGUAUUGCCAUCCACAAGGUACUGUGCUUGGAAUAAAUUGGCUUUUGUCCCAGUCCUUUUCUUACCAGGCAGAAGGGGUGGCAUCUUUUAAAGGUGUAAGAGGGUUCUUUUAAGUACCAUUAAAAGCUGGAUUAUAAAUGCAU